GCUUGAUGCCUUCACAUAAAGGAUUAUAUAGCGCAGAUGCACGUUGCUGCCCAGCGCUCACCUAGAUUCUUCUUGUCCAAGGUCCUUGGACCCAGGAUCGUCCCUACAGAGUACCGGAGUCUCGUCAUUUUUGGUGCUCAAAAGCUCACUACAAGGGCAGCGACGAUGAAUGGGAGAGAUCACACAACGGAGUCUUUGAAAGUGGCAGUCAUUGGGGCAGGGGCAGCGGGGCUGGUGACAGCAAGGGAGCUGAGAAGGGAAGGCCAUGAACCGGUCAUUUUUGAGCAGGGCAGCAAAGUGGGCGGCGUGUGGGUGUACACCGACAAAGUGGAGGAACCCCAUGGCGCAUCAAGCCGAAUAGGCGCGGCCGAGGAGCGCGUGCACAGCAGCAUGUAUGCUGGGCUGCGCACCAACCUGCCACGAGAAGUGAUGUCAUACACCGACUUCCCCUUCACCCGCUCCUGGGGUGAUACUCGCCGAUUCUGCGGCCACGCAGAGGUGGAGGCUUAUCUCGAGGCGUUUGCAGCGGCGUUUGAUCUUGAGAAGUACAUCCGCUUUAACACCCCUGUGCUAAGCUUGACACCCUGCGAGGCCGGCAGCCCUCCUCGAGCAAGACUUGGCUCGGACACUGCGCCCACAAAUGGGCACCAGGCCGGCCAUCAGAGGGAAGCCAUGCCGGUAUUCGAUGCUGUGAUUGUCUGCAAUGGACAUUACAGCGAUCCCCGGAGGCCGGACAUCCCGGGGAUGGCUGAAUUCCCUGGGCGGCUGCUGCACAGUCACAGCUACCGGCGGAACGAGCCCUUCGAAGGGAUGACAGUGGUGGUGAUCGGCGCAUCGGCCUCGGGGGAAGACAUCAGCCGAGAAAUAGCGCAUGUCGCCGACAAGGUGUACCUCUGCGCGAGGAGCUGGCAGAACCCGGCGUGGGCGGCCGAGACGGUGGAGCCGUUUGGGGCCCGGCGCAAUAUCUGGCGGCGGGGCGUUCCCUCCCGCCUGCACCCAGACGGCGGCGUCACCUUCCAGGGUGGCAAAAGGGUGGAUGCGGUUGAUGUGGUCAUGUUCGCCACCGGCUACUGCUACAGCUUCCCCUUCCUCGCCGACACACGAAUUGACGGCGCCGAGAUAGUCACCGUUGAGGACAAUAGGGUCUCUCCGCUGUACAAGCACAUAUUCCCUCCAUCAACCGCACCCACCCUCUCCUUCGUGGGCCUCCCCUGGAAGGUGGUCCCCUUUGCACAGUACGAGCUGCAGGCGAAAUGGAUUGCGCGCGUGCUGUCGGCUCGCGUCAGCCUGCCAGGUCAGCGGCACAUGCUCGCUGACAUCAGCGCCUUCUACGCUGACCUGGACAAAGAGGGCGUUCCAAAAAGGCACACGCACAUGCUGGGGGACAAGCAAUGGGAGUACAACGACUGGCUGGCUGCUGCUUGUGGGCCAGAUGUGACACCACUGCCACAGUGGCGCCCAAAAAUGUACAAGGUGGCAGGUGACACAAAGCGUGCCGUUCCUGAGACAUACAGGGACGUGUGGCCUGAAGCAGAGCUUUUGGCAGAGGCUGCAGCUGAAGCAAGCCGGCUCGGAGCGCCAGUAGAAAUUCAAAAUCAGAUCGCCAAAACCACAGUGGUGUAAGUUUCUGGGAGGGGAUACAGCGACAGCCUUUAAGAAUUGAGUGGAAAGGGGGUAGCGAUAGCAUCUAGCCUGAUUUGGGCUGAAGGAUGUCACAUCGUUUGUGCACUGCUGAGUCAGCAGUGUCAAAGGUGGGAAUGGAUAUCUGCUUAGCUAGCUAUAAACAGCAUUGAGGGAAGUUCUGGUUGUGCUGGUGUGACAUUGUUUACUCUUGACUCAGGCUGCCACGCCAGAAUAGGGCGCCACAGCACUUGCCAGCACUGCAAACCAUGCCAUCAGUAAUUCAGAUCUGAUAUCAUCGAUGUGGCAAGCUGAAGCGCCUUCUGAAGAAAUUUGCACUGCAGUGGUGGUGCUAGUUCCAUGUGCAAUCAGUGCAUUCAGCUCAAACUUCCUAACCGUUGCGUAAAAUCUAAGAUAAUGGGCCU